AUGACCUUCGUCGAUGACAGUGAGGUGGGCGACGCAGAACGCCGGAAGCCGGACAGGAAAUGUUGGAUAUACGUCCUCAUUGCGAUUGGGGUGGCGGUGCUGAUCCUACUUAUGGUGGUGAUAGCGCUUUUCUUGUUUCGUAUCAGAAGGCCUAGUGUCAGGUUGAGCGUGGUCGAACUCAGGACUGUGAGCAUCGACAGCCUGAAAUUGAAAGCCGAAGUGACUAUCAAGAAUGAGAACUUCGGUUACUUCUUAUACGAGAGGAGCGCUCUGACCAUCUCCCAUGGAGGCGUGGGGGUUGGGCAGGCCACCAUUGACCCUGGGCGAGCUACGGCCCGGAGUACAAAGCGGAUGCACUUGGAUAUCAACGCAACCUCGACUCAUUUCUCCAGUCCUUCAGUUGAUUUGACGCUGAGCAGCUACGCUGUGUUGAUCGGGGAUGUUCAUAUCUUCAGGUUUAUGAAGACACCCAAGUCCACGGAAAUGAGAUGCACCAUGAGAGCCAAUUUGAUUGCCCUGACUAUUUCUGAUUUGUCCUGCAUUGACGUCUGA